GCAAGGCUGGCGGGGGGAAGGAAAGGGGGGGGGGGAGUGAGGAUCCAUCCGGAUACUGUCGAUACAAUAAGCAUGCCAGGUCGUGUCGGUGGCUGAUAGGUAUCGUUCCCACUAUGUCCUACCCGCCGGAGCCGGGCCUUCCUUUCUUGGCCCAUGAGAGUAUAUUUAUCAUUCAGCUUAGGCGUCUCUACCUGAAGCCAUUUUUCCCUCUUCUGACCAUCUUCGUUCCUGGCCUGCUUUCCCUCUUAUACCUCCUCGUAUGCGGCGGUAAAUGUCUCUCACGACCGACACACGCCGUAUCUAGCCGGACUUGACCAUAUGGCAGCGCAGAAACCGUUCCGGGCCGUCAUUGUGGGCGGCGGUCUGGUUGCGCUCACCACCGCACACAUAUUCACAAGUGCUGGGAUCGACUUCGUCAUCCUAGAGCGCCAUGAUAACUUGGCGCCUCAGAUUGGCUCGCUGCUCAACGUGUGGCCGCCGACAUUCCGCGUUUUCGACCAGCUAGGGUUGACGGACGCCGUGCUGCGCGUCGCAACUAGCGUGAACCGCGUCGUCAGCCUAUCGGCAGAUGAUGGCAUCGCCUACUCAGUACUAGAAGCGAACGAGAUCAUACAGAAGAACCACGGAUAUGGGAUACAAGUUACCCACCGUCCUCACUUUAUAGACGCUUUGUACCAGACCUUGCCCGACGAUGCCAAGGCGCGUAUCAAAGUAGGUAAGCAGGUCGUGAACUUGCGCGUGUCAGAUGAUGGCGUCGUGGUCGAAUGCGCCGACGGCACGGUCGAGGAGGGCUCCAUUGUUGUCGGUGCGGACGGCGUCUAUAGCCGGGUCCGUGAAUGCAUGCAGGCGAUGGUAGAUGGCCGGUCGCCCCUGGAUAAAUCGCCGCUACCAGCUAGCCCCUACGUCACGACCUAUAGGCUUCUCAUAGCGAAUAUUCCUAUACCCUCGGGGUUGCCAAAGAACAACAAUUUUGAAGGCAUGAAAGAGCGCGUGUCGGUCCAGGUCCUCACCGGCGAUGACCGGGCAUGGUUUGGUAUAUACGAAGCGCUUGACGAGCCUACGUCGGAGCGCAUCCGGUACACCGAAGAGGAUAAGGCGAAAAUGGUGGAGAGGUGGGGGCAUCUCUACGCCGCGCCCGGUUGGAGGGUCAGAGAUGUCUACGCAUUGCGGAGGGGGGACGUCGGACUCAUCCACUUGGAGGAGGGCUUGCUCGAUCACUGGACCCAUCGGCGCGUCGUGCUCAUGGGCGACGCCGUCCGGAAGCUAGAGCCUCACGCCGGACUCGGAUAUAACAGCGGUGUCAUCGACGCGGUCGUACUCGGGAAUAAGCUGCGCCGCCUGCUCCAGGACGGCCCGUCGCCAUCGACAGAGGCCCUGGAGGCACUCUUUGCCGAGUACGAGAAGGAGCGGCUCGAAGACAUGCCGGGCGUCGUGAAGCUGUCCAUGAGGCGCGCCCGGACGGCCACGUGGCUAACUAGGUGGAACUGGAUCAUGGCCAAGUACAUCGUGCCCUGGACUGGCCUGUCGGCGUUGAGUCUGCGUUACGUCUACGGCCGGAUCGUCGCCGCCGAGCCCGUUCUCGAGUGGCUGGAGGAGAAGAGGCUUCCUCCGUCGGCCCUGCCCUACCUCCAUCAUCCCCUGCUCGACGGGGACCUAAAGAAGCCCCAGAAACGUCAGGUGCCGAGGAGCGUCGACUCCCUCUCGAUACUCACCAGUGCGAUCACGCUGGCGGCGCUCGCUGCUGUCGGGUUUCGGUUCUAUAGAAGACUGUUCUGACGAUGCAUGGUGAGGGCGGUGCGUGUGUAAGCGCUUGUUUCAGUAUUUGAUAAGCGGUGUUGGAUAGAUGGAAUUGGGUAUCUGUGUACCUCAGAAUGUACUUACCGUAGAAGGGGUGGAUAUUCCCAGCAUGAUGAUUUUAUCCCUUACAUGAUUGCAUUCGCCUAGCUAGACUUAGUCCUGCGAUGAAGAGAAAAUACCUAUGAACAACGCGCUCUGU